UUAAAGGUCCCCUUAGGUAUUUGUCGGGCGGUUUCUUCGCGGUUCUCUUCUGGUGAUCGGUGACCAUGGCGCCCUCAGGGUUGGUGCAGAUCCUGUCACGGAAGGUUCUCAGUGUUGGGGUGAAGAGGAUGUGGAUUCGGGGCAUACACCGGGGGAGCCGUUUGCUAAGAGAAACUCCUCCUCCGAGACCUGUCACUUCCACUAGUUAUGUCCAUGGAAUUAGUGAUGUCCCGCUUACCAGCAGGACUAUGCAGCAGUGUCUGAUGGACACAGCCCAGCGCAUACCAGAUGAAGAGGCUAUUGUGGUGGUUCAUUCCGCCACACGGAAAACCUUCAGCCAGCUAAGUAAAGAUGUAGAGACCCUUGCUGCUGGGCUCUUAGCUCUUGGCCUGAAGAAAGGAGAACGCGUGGGAAUGUGGGGGCCAAAUUCUUAUGAAUGGGUCCUUAUGCAGUAUGCAACCGCUCAAGCCGGACUUAUUCUGGUAUCUGUAAAUCCAGCGUAUCAACAGAACGAGGUGGAAUAUGUGCUGAGGAAAGUUGGCUGUGCUGCCCUUGCGUUCCCUUCCCAGUUUAAAACUCAGCAAUAUUAUGAAAUGGUGAAGAGGAUUUGUCCAGAGAUCGAUAAUUCUCCAGCUGGAGGAAUCAAGAGCAAGGCACUCCCUGAUCUGCGGAUCGCGAUAGUCUUGGACAAGAAAUAUCCAGGAGCCUUUCAGUUUCAAGAAGUGAUGGAUGCUGGAAGUACUCAGUUCGUAAAGCAACUGCAUGAUUUACAGAAGACCAUAUUCUCUGAUGAUCCUGUCAACAUCCAGUUUACGUCUGGAACAACUGGAUAUCCAAAAGGAGCAACUCUGAGCCACCACAAUAUUGUUAACAAUGCAGCUAUGGUAGGACUGAGAAUAGGCUUUACAUGGAAGAAGGGAGUCCGGGUAGCGCUUCCGGUGCCUCUGUACCACUGUAUGGGUUCCGUUUUAGGCAGUCUUGUUAUGGCUGUCCAUGGGCCAACAUUGGUUUUUCCAUCUCCAAGCUUUGAGGCUCGAGCCUUAUUGCAGGCUAUUUCACAGGAGAGAUGCACGACAAUGUAUGGGACUCCUACCAUGUUUAUAGAUCUGUUGGGACAGCCAGACUAUGCUUCUCUUUCUUCUACUCUCACCUCUGGAGUUAUUGCUGGGUCCAUUGCACCUCCUGAGCUUGUGAAGAAAUUUGCUACUGAGACGGCCAUGAGAAAUAUUUUGAUUGGAUAUGGCACAACAGAAAACAGCCCAGUGACCUUUGCAGGCUUUCUCUAUGAUGAACUUGUUCGAAAAUGUGACACUGUGGGCCAUGUUAUGCCCCAUACUGAGGCAAGAGUAGUGGACACCAACACAGGCCAAAUAGUCCCAUUGAAUAGCCCUGGUGAGUUACAGAUUAGAAGUUAUUGUGUGAUGCUGGGCUACUGGGCAGAUGAGGAGAAAACCAGAGAGACGUUUACCGCAGACAAAUGGUACAAAACUGGAGAUGUAGCCACAAUGGAUGAAUAUGGAUACUGUCGGAUUGUUGGGCGCUGUAAAGAUAUGAUUAUCAGAGGGGGUGAAAAUAUAUACCCAGCUGAAAUUGAGCAAUUCUUGCACACGAAUCCCAAAAUCUUGGAAGCCCAGGUGGUUGGGGUGAAAGAUGAAAGGAUGGGGGAGGAGAUAUGUGCUGCUAUCCGGAUCAAAUCAAAUGAAAAUAUUACUGCAGAAGAGAUCAAACAAUUCUGCAAAGGACAGAUCUCUCAUUUUAAGAUUCCCCGUUACAUUGUCUUUGUAAAUGACUACCCUCUAACAGUUUCUGGAAAGGUACAAAAGUUUAAACUGAGAGAAUUAAUGGAGAAACAGCUGAACUUAUAAGGAGGAUAGAAAAAAGAGCUGAAAUGAUGAGCCGUCUACUUUUUCCACCAUCUUUUACUCUUUAUCAGUACAGACUUCGUGACCGUCCUCUUAUCAUGCUAAACUUUACCUUCUAUUUUUUACCCUUUUUGAGAUGUUAUGGUUUGUAAAAAUGAGCCAGAUUCUACAGACUGUUACAUCCCAAAAUUUGUAGCGUUAGAAUGUCCAUAAAGUUUUUAUUAUUUUUUUUUUUUAUUAUAUUUUAUUUGUAUUAUUUUUAAACAGAUACUUGUAUUAGAAUUUUAAUGCUUAAAGGGGUACUCCACUGGAAAA